CCGAGCAAGACGACUCCGACUGCCCGUCUGCUUACACCUCCCCAGAGCGGGAGCGGGAGUGGGGCGGGAUUGGGCAUGGACCAUGCUGUGGGUCUGGGGCCAGAUGCCAAGUCCGGAGCAGAAGCUUUCAACCCCUUUGCCGGGAAUGGAGGCUGGACCCCUCUCCAAAGCCAAAGCUCAGCCAGCCCUCUUGCGACCCUUCUAAAGCUACCCGUUCAACCCCUACUCCGGAGCUAAAUGUUCUGACCAUUUAUGCUCUCUGAGAUUGGCUCAGAUCCUGAGACCACCGCUUAGUUCUCUCCCCUUCCACUUCCCUUUGAGUCCACCUGAUCCCUUGGCCCCAAUAAGAUCAUCAUCUCAGGGCGCCGGAACCUGCAAGGUUGCAGCCUCUGUGCGCCCCCCGCCCCCAGCAGCUUCAAUCCUUCCCCUGCACCGUCUGCCUCCACUACCCUCAACAGCUGUACCUCUGCAUCUGCCUUCUGGGAUCUCCCUCCUUUCCCUACCCAGCAGAACAGUUGGAAUAGAGAGUCAGGCGGCCCCAGAGACUUAGAACUCCACUAAAGAGAAAACCCUUGUUCUCUUACCUCCUGUCCCAUAAGGCGCCCCCACUCCCACCCCCACCCACUCCAGUCCACUAGUUUGGUGAAUCCUGCGAUAGUAAGAGUUUUCAGGAGGAUUCUCGAAAGCUUCCAGCUUGCCACCUGGAAGGUCACUUUCUUUUGAGCAAAAGAGAAAACAGGAGAGGCCGGGGUGGCGUGGGCCACAGAUGCUCAGGGAGGGUUGUGGCACCCGGGGCUGGGUGGCUUCCCCUAAGCUUGCUCUGACAAAAGAGUUUUGAGUUGGUUUUUUGGCUGAGCCUGCCGAGGAAGGCAGGCCCCUGCAGGAGUCUUGGAGGGUCGGAUGCAGCGCCCGGAUGAGGAUGAGGCGUGGCGGAAGAUGCGUUUGGCUCUGCAGACACUGCAUCGGGCAGCAGGGGACUCUGGGAGGCUGGUGCAGCCUGAAGGCAUGGCUCUUGACAGCCUUCUAGUAGAAUCUCUGGAAUUGUGCAUGGCAGAAGAGGAAAGAAACUAACGGGUAUUGCGCACCUACUGUGUGCCAGACCCAGGCCAGGUUCCCCCUGCCUCCAGCCAGUCUGUGCAGACUUGUUGCCUGCUGUGUCACCGCGAGCGCGAAGGCUGGGAAGAAGGCCCUUCACAGAAUGGACUGGUGUUGCAGGAUUUCCUUGUCACAUACAUCCUGCAAAUCACAGUCUUGUGGGGGUGACUCUCAUUCAUCCUCGUCCUCUUCAUCAUCCUCAUCUUCCUCCUCCUCUUCCUGCCAUGGGAACUCAGGGGACUGGGAUCCCAGCUCGUUCCUGUCAGCACAUAAGCUCUCAGGCCUCUGGAAUUCCCCACACUCCAGCGGGGCUGUGCCAGGCAGCUCACUUGGGAGUCCUCCUGUCAUCCCUGGUGAGGCUUUCCCUGUCUCGGAGCGCCACCAGCACUCAGACCUCACUGCUCCCCCUAACAGUCCUACUGGCCCUGCCCCCCAUCCAGCAUCUCUGAUCCCUUCUCACCCUGGCUCCUUCAGCUCGGCAUCCCACCCACACCUGCUGCCCACCACCCCAGCAGCACCCUUCCCUGCCCAGGCUUCAGAGUGCCCUAUGGCUGCUGCCACUGCCACCCACUCCCCAGGGCCAUGUCAGAGCCCUCAUCUGCCCUCCACCAGCAUGCCACUUCUGAAGAUGCCUCCACCACUCUCGGGGUGCAGCCACCCCUGCAGCGGGCACUGCAGCGGGCACUGUGGUGGGCCUCUCCUCCCACCACCGAGCUCUCAGCCACUCCCUAGCACUCACAGCAGGGACCCUGGGUGCAAGGGGCACAAAUUUGCACACAGUGGCCUGGCCUGUGAGGCCGAUGAGGGUCUGGGCGAGGAAGAGGAUAGCAGCUCUGAGCGCAGCUCCUGCACCUCGUCCUCCACCCACCCCCGCGAUGGGAAGUUCUGUGACUGCUGCUACUGUGAGUUCUUCGGCCACAAUGCGCCACUCGCUGCCCCGACGAGCCGGAAUUAUACUGAGAUCCGGGAGAAGCUCCGCUCCAGGCUGACCAGGCGGAAAGAGGAGCUGCCCGUGAAGGGGGGCACCCUGGGCGGGAUCCCUGGGGAGCCUGCGGUGGAUCACCGAGAUGUGGAUGAGCUGCUGGAAUUCAUCAACAGCACGGAGCCCAAAGUCCCCAACAGCGCCAGGGCUGCCAAGCGGGCCCGGCACAAGCUGAAAAAGAAGGAAAAAGAGAAGGCCCGGUUGGCAACAGAAGCUCUGAAGCAGGUGAAUCGUGUUUCUGGAAGCCAGGAGCCAAGGCCUGCCAGGGAGAGGCUCCUAGAGUGGCCUGACCAGGAGCUGGACCGAGUCAGUAGCUUCUUGAGCAGCCGCUUGCAGGAGAUCAAGAGCACCGUCAAAGACUCCCUCUGUGCUAGCUUGAACAUGUGUGAGCUCGGCAUGGACAGCAGUGGCUUUAAGGAGGGGACAAUGGAAGCUCAGACCCUAACCCCUUCAGACCUCAGUGGCUCCUCUCAGAAACAGCCUGACAUCAACCUUGACCUGUCCCCUUUGACCUUGGGUUCUCCUCAAAGCCACACAUUACAAGCUCCAAGUGAGCCGGUCCCACCAUGGGCAGAAAGGAGAGACCCUCACCCACCGUGGACAGAGGUGAGGGGCCCCCCUCCUGCUAUCCCUGAGAAUGGGCUUGUAAGAAGACUCAACACUGUGCCCAACCUAUCCAGGGUGAUCUGGGUCAAGACACCCAAGCCAGGCAACUCAAGCUCUGAGGAAAGUCCAAAGGAAGUUCCCAUUUGCAAACAGGAACGGUCUGAGUCUGUGGCCACAGGUGGGAAGCCAAGGAAGAGCAAGAGACAGGGAAGUCAAGCGAAGAAGACUGAGGCAAGUCCAGCCCCCUGGCCUCCAGCCACCCAAGAGGCCCCCAGUGCCAAGAGCCAGAUGUCUAGCCCCAAGCAGCCAGGCAAGGGCCCAGAGCCUGCCAAGGCAGGCAGUGGUGCAGAACCUGGAGAGGGGAGCCGGGGGAGCCGGCCAGGACCAAUUCAGGCUGACAGUCCCAAAACUGACAAGAAGGGUAGUUCCUGGCAGAAUUGGCCAGGUGGGGCCAAGGCACGGACUCUGGAGCAGGAAUCUGAGCAGACCCCCAGCCCAGCAAAGCCACAGAGCUUGUCCCAGGGCAAGGGCCGCAGCCGCCGGAGCCGAAACAAGCAGGAGAAAUCAGCCUCCUCCUUGGACGAUGUGUUCCUGCCCAAGGACUUGGAUGGGGUGGAGAUGGAUGAGACUGACCGAGAGGUGGAGUACUUCAAGAGGUUCUGUUUGGAUUCUGCAAAGCAAACUCGUCAGAAAGUUGCUGUGAACUGGACCAACUUCAGCCUCAAGAAAACCGCUCCUAGCACAGCUCAGUGAGCCCUACCCAGGUUGACUUCUGCCGGUCACCUCAAGCCUCAGCUCAGGCUGCAGAUGUAGUUCUCACGUGCCCUGCCACCUGUCUCGACCUCCCUGCUCCUACCACCCUGACCAACCAAAAGCUGAAUGGACGCCAUGCUGUGCUGGGGCCUUUGAGGAUCUCAGCAGAGCCGCUUCCUGGUGCUAUGCAGCCUCCACUCAAGAGCCCAGGGAAUGGGCUGGCCUGGGAGCCAAGGGCUGGUGGCACUGCUGGCCCAAAACUGCUCUCUUUGUGUUUGGUUUCUGUUUUGUUUUGUUUUUUUAAUUCUUUACUUUUGAUACUGUGAAUAUCUUUCAUGCAGAAAGAUAAAGCAACAUUUGGACACAGA